AUCAUGUGUUCACCAAAAAUCCGAACCUUGUUUUAAUAAGUGCUUGUUUAGAGACGCAGUUCCAAAAUUCAAAGACACGUUGGUCCCGCAUUUUCGCUCAAUCGUCAUGUCUAUACGCCGUUUCACUACAUUUUUGUCUUCUGCAACUUCAUGGGUGUAUCGACAGACAUACUUGUGUACUCUCAAUCGGUUCAGAUGUCCACACAAAAUCGUAUCAAGAAACUUUUCACUUAAGACUGAGGGGAUCCAUAAAAAUGGUAUUGAAAAUAACCAGGAUCAUCAGCCCCGUACAAAAUUUGUUGUGGCACACGACGAAUUACAUUCAAGUAUUGUUGAAGGCAACGUGCAGUUGUUUGACGUCAGGAACUUGAGUGAUGUCGAGUCCACGGGCAGUAUCCCAGGUUCUGUCAAUAUACCUCUUGUGGAAUUAAAAAAAGCCCUUAGUCUAAGCGAUGAUGAGUUCGCCCAUAGGUUUGGUGUGUCAAAACCGAGAUUGGAUGAUGGUAACAUUGUAUUUUAUGGAUUAUCAGAUGUAUCAGCUGCUAGUGCCUGUGAAAUAGCACAUAAUCUUGGAUUUAAACAGGCGAAAUAUUACCCCAAAGGUUGGACAGAGUGGUCACUGAUGCACAAUAAUAAAUGAAAUCUACAGUGGCUCCUGUUUGUAAAUAAGAAGCCUACAACAAUGAAAUUUAUUUGCUUGUAUCAAAGUAAAUUCUUGACUUUAGUGAGUUAUAACAUUUCAACUGGGAAGCCUUAAUGCACUAAUGUAUUAUACCCUGUAAAUUAUGCUGCAAGCAUUUUCUUUUGUUGUAUCUUAUUUCAUUUAUUCACUUUAUCUGACGUUGGAGUAGAAACACGUCCCAUUAGUCACUCAUAGUACAUAUAGGAGUGUCUUCAGAUAAAUCCACCUGUUUAGUUGCCAACCAGAACUAACGGUGUGCCUUAAAGUUUUGUACACUCUCUGUAAAGAAUUAAACUAUUUGAACUGCUUUCAAUUUUUCAAUGCAGGUUAUGUUUAGUCUCGGGGCGUUUUUGUGCAGACGGAAAUACAAGUGAUGUAAGUUUGUCUUAGGUUUUCCGGGCACAACAAUUUUCGUCGAGAACUAGCAUUUAAUUGAAGUCUUCUCAUCUGAGAUACCUGGUCAUCAAUGCUUAUGGGACUUCAUGUCGUGUCACGCUUAUUCAUGACUCAAGCACCUGGCUAAGGUAGGCAGUGUAAAUAUAGUGGCAAACACGAGUCUCUUUGAUGUCUUUAUAUGUUGAUCUCCUUGACUGAAAGGUUUCAUUCUACACUGACAACUAUAGCUGGUUUGGUACCGUUUAAAUCAGUAUACGUUAACUAAGGUAAUUGUUAAAGGAAACUCCAUGAGCUAAAACAGGCUAAAUCACUUGGUCCACACGACUAACCACCGAAUAUCUUUUAAAGGUCAUUGAGUUUGUUUGGGGAAAAAAGAAUGCCUCACAAAUGAUGCCAUCAUCGUACCUAACUCAAAAAAUGGUCUACCUUAUACACGUGACAGUCAUAUGGAUGUAAUUUUGUUAACUGUCGCGUCUCAUACAUUGUCUGCUGCCGUCCUUCACGGGCUGGGUUUCGUUCAGGUCGUGGAUGCACUUACCAUGCGUUCAUUCUUCGUCAGUCUCCAGGACAUUGUUGGUUAAAAGUCGUAUUUCUUCAUAUUAGGGCAACCCUGGAUAUGAACAAAAUCACCCUUUGGAAUUGCUAGAGUUGGGUUUUCUUGAAAAUUUUGUUAACAUCCUGAGAUCCACUAUUAAUAUAUGUGUAAAACUUAGGCACUGUGGUAGUAAGUAAUUCCAUAUUAGUUUGUUUAUUAGGUAUAUCACACAGUGAAACAGUAUUAUUUACUGGAUGACGUUUCGAACAAAAUUUAUUGUUCAUAAUCAUAUCAGUUGUGAUCACACGACUUUGACACUUGAGUUUUAUAGCUUUCUUUCUUUCUGAGAUCCACAUAUAGAAACAUAUCGGUUAAAGUGAGAGCACACAACCAGCUGUCACCACAUAUCUCAACCUACAGUGAGGUUGUACAAUCGUUUAAUUCUCGUUAUCUUUGUUAGUGAUCGAAUUCUGUAGACAACUCUAAAGGAUGCGCGCGUUGGGUGUGUGCAGACGACAUCGCGUGCCAAAGGCUAUCCAAAUCACUUUACCAUUUGGCGAUCACUAUCAAAACAUGGUAAAUACUUCGCUUCGACUAAGUGCAAAGUAAUGUUCCUAGAUUGACAGGAACCUGUAUCUGUACUCACACUCGCAUAUGAGCCGUUAGAAGUUGGUAGGUUCGUGUAUUUAGAUAGCUGAGUUGUUACUGUAGGUGUGACAGAAGUAAACCCGGGCAGUAUACGGUAAUGUGGACACCUGGCACAGUCAAAUGUCAAGCCCACUAUGGUUCAGUGCUCACAGUCGUGCUCCAUGUCCAUGAAAUUCGACUUCCCUGAUCUGUGGCUGUGCAGCGACUCCGUGAGGUUGGUCGUCAUUUCAUCUGGUGGAUCCAUUUAAAUAAUUCAUGGACUGGAGGAGUGUUUGAACAGAGUGGAGAUUGCCUUUAACUAUGUGUUGUCAAGUGAGACGGACUCAGUGACUACGAUUAUCAUUUCUGCAGCCUUCGUACGGUUCACUUUUUGCUAGCCCAGGAACUGGGUGGUGGAAGAGGUGUGACCAGCUCAUGACGUGGCGUCGUAGGAUGGUGGGUAGUUGUGUUUUGCUAGCGUCACGAUUCCCUGGGCGGGGUCGGAGAAGAAAUCUUCUUCAGUACUCGGAGACACCAGGUUGGUUAAGAUUCAUAGUCAGUGAAGAACAUGCUGCAUCUCCCCCUUCCUAAAAGUAAUAUUGAGCAAUAAACGUUAUGUUAAACGCUGUUGAUAUAUAUUCUCGCAUGCUUUCAUGAUGCCAUCCCUCCUUUUUAUUUUUCCGUAUGAUGUGUUUUUGAAUGGCACAUCUUUUGGUAUCCAAGUUUAAAUAAAUAGAUAGCCUACAUACUAUUAGGUGCUUGAGAGACAACUCAUCAAGUAAUAUAUAUAUAUAUAUAUAUAUAUUGACAUGUUAAAGUAAGUGGAUUUAGCUUUUUAAAGCUGCGUAACGCAUUAAGCACGAAGGUAUAUUUAGAUUUUAAAUUACUAUAUUCUUUUGUUUUUUAUUUCCAACUGAGUGUGCUGUACAUAUGCAUUUAUUAUGACUCAGAGUCCCAAGUUGAAAUUAAAAUCGGCAUCUUUAUCAGUUUCUUUCGCUACACCUAGGAAUAGUGAACUGGAUAAUUUAGUACUACAGAAGAGUGAUCUGGAAUUCAUGAGAUAAAAUAACUGAAUAACAAAAAAAGUUAGUCUUCCAUAUAUUACGUGGAAAUUAUCAUAAUGAAAACCGACUAUACUAACUGAAAGCUUAUCCUUAGGGUAUAAUUGGAACAGUGCAGAAGUUUUCUUUCUUAAUUCUUCUCUACAUUCCGGACAUUUGCAUCUCGAAUUCAUAGAUGAAAAGAACAUUUGUCAUUUUUGAAAAUUCGCUUGCUGUGAAUGCAUUAGCUUCCCAUUAGUGGUUGUCAUAGCAUUUUAUUGAAUAUGGAAAAUAUCAUAGUACUGGCUGAGACUGAAGCAGCUAUUGGUAAAGUAAAAUCAUUAUGAUAAAAGCAUGUCUGCCAGUGAUUCGCAGUUACAGCUGUGUCGUGCAAAUUACUAUAGGCUCUCGCGCUAAAACUUAGCAGUUGUAAGAUCCAUUACUUUGCAACGACAUUGAAAAGGAGGAAUAAACCGGAAUUAUAGGGUUACAUAAUCAUCAAAUCUAAAAGAGUAGUAAAAGUGAAUAUAUCACUUCAUGAACUGUGCUGAGCCGCUUAUUCCAUAUUAGUUUGUUUAUUAGGUAUAUCACACAGUGAAACAGUAUUAUUUACUGGAUGACGUUUCGAACAAAAUUUAUUGUUCAUAAUCAUAUCAGUUGUGAUCACACGACUUUGACACUUGAGUUUUAUAGCUUUCUUUGUUUUCUCCAAUUUGUCGUAGGGGGAGUAGAAUUUUCCAGAUAUCGGGGACAGGUGAUGAAUCAUUCCUAUUACAUGUAUUUGCAGUUGAUUCAAUAAACAAAGCUUCUGUUAUCAAUCUCUCCCUCCCUAUACCCUGUGACAUUAGAUUUUAAAACUGUCAUCCUAUCCCAUCCUAUUGUAUGGUUGUGUGUGACUGCAUGUAGAGCCGCUUAGUCGAUAGUGAUAAACUACAGACUCAUAUUAAUAGAGGGACUGGAUCCGCGAUAUAACUACCUGUAUAGUACAGAACAACACUAGUGCCACUUCAAUCCGAUCACCUCACUGUUAUUUUUACAACCUAACAGUGUUGCAGAUAGCAAAGAUGUCUAAGGAAGAAGGUGGCUUGGUGUGAGUAACACAUGUUUCUACCAUCUCAGUCGAUUGAUUUACGUAGAAUUGUACUUACAUUGUUCACUAUGUAGAUUCACUCCACAUGAACAAAUAAAUGUGCUGAAAGAAUCUCGUAAUCGUCCUCUAUUGUUUUAAUGGUCAGUGACUAUUUGUCAAACGUAAGCUGGAAUAAGAUUGCCUAAUUCGCUACUGUAUAGUGCAUGCUUUACAACUUGCGUACGUAAUCGAGUCGUUUGUACUUUGUUACGACACUCAAAUCGGUAGUCAAUAAGUUAGCUCUUGUUUUUGUUGCCGUUUAAUCUUCUUCAGUCUAAUAUAUUUCUUAAUUUUUAGUUUUGAUAGAUGAAAUCAACACUUGCAUAUAUUUAAUGUGUUCUUAUUUCCACGUGAUAUAAGUGUGCUUCUAGGUGGGGAUAUAUACACUGAGUUGGUGACAAGUGUCAUUUUAUUAUUAUUAUUAUUGUUCCCUUGGGUUUCAAGUGGAACGCAGGGCUUCAACAACACAUCUCCACUUUUGUUUUCUGCCAUCCCCUUCAGCUGCGUCCACUAUUUCCCAUUCUAUCUCAUUUCUUCCUCACACGAUCUACUCCAUGUCAUCCUAGGGCGACCCACUCGUCGCUUCCCAUCGGGAUUCCACUCCAGCGAUGGCCUGGCGCGCGAUGUCAUUUGACGAUUCCCUCAAUGUAUGCCCGAUCCAUCUCCAUUUUCUCCUACACAUUUCUCGAGUGUUCGGCUCUUGGUUGGUUUUUUCAUCGCCAGAGUUCCUUGUUACUAAUUCUUCCUGGCCUGUUGGCCAUUUGAUCUUCAGUAUGGAGCCAGUGAAGUGGGCAACUGUUGAUAAAAGUCUGCAACCUGUUUGAAGUCCUCUCAUGACAUGCUCGCCAAGUUUCUGACUCGUAUAGAAGGAAUGACGACAUUGGUGUUGAUUUUGAUAUGGUUGUGUUCUCUGAGGUGAAAAGUUAAUUUGCGAAGCUUUUAUCGCCCUACUAGGCGACAUCUUCAGCGCAUACUUCAAUUU